GGGAAGGCAGCUUGAGCCAGAGCUGGUCAUGGAGGAACAAGAGCAAGACCUGCUAUAACUGUGGCGCCCUGCAGGCAAAGCCUGAGAAAUAGAAACACACUUCAGCAGGAUCUCCAAGGCCAGUCUCUGCUGUCUGCUGCUUGGGACUCUGCUGCUGGUUGACACAGUCACGGCUGAUUGCCACAGCAUUUGAAAGUCUGAAAGGCAAAAUAUGGCUCAUGCAGGCAGGCAGAAGAGAGUCAACCCAGAUUCCUGCUGAAAACCACAUCCUUGGGCUUCCCCAGCUGUCCUGGGCACAAGGAGGUGCACAUGGGAAGGCUGCUGGAUUACCUAUUAACUCAGCCUCUAGUUGAAGGGCCGAUGGGUGGCAGGUGGACUUGAGUCUCUUCUCUGUCCAUCGGCCUGGGCUGCUUCCACCCACAGUUCCAAGAUGGUCUCCUGGCCCGGGUCAAGGAGGAUACAAGCGACACUGCAGAAAGAGAUGGUGCGAGAAUUCCUGGCUGAGUUCAUGAGCACAUAUGUCAUGAUGGUGUUUGGCCUUGGUGCCGUGGCCCACAUGGUUCUAGGAAAUGACAUAUAUGGAAGCUACCUUGGUGUCAACUUGGGUUUUGGCUUUGGAGUCACCAUGGGAGUGCAUAUGGCGGGCAACAUCUCAGGCGCCCACAUGAAUGCAGCUGUGACCUUCGCCAGCUGUGCUUUAGGUCGCAUGCCCUGGAAAAAAUUUCCUGUGUAUGUGCUGGGCCAGUUCCUGGGCUCCUUUGUGGCUUCUGCCACCAUCUAUGGCCUCUUCUACAUGGCUAUUCUCCACUUCUCGGGUGGACAGCUGACUGUGACGGGCCGCACAGCCACCGCUGGCAUUUUUGCCACCUACCUUCCUGACUACAUGACAUUGUGGUGGGGCUUCUUGAACGAGAUGUUGCUGACAGGGAUGCUCCAGCUGUGUCUCUUUGCCAUCACGGACAAGAAGAACAACCCAGCCCUGCAAGGGACCCAGGCCCUGGUGAUUGGCAUCCUCAUCGUCAUCAUUGGGGUGUCGUUAGGCAUGAACACUGGAUAUGCGAUCAACCCAUCUCGAGACCUGCCGCCUCGCCUCUUCACCUUCAUUGCUGGCUGGGGCAAAGAGGUGUUCAGGGACAACUGGUGGUGGGUUCCAGUUGUGGCACCACUUGUGGGUGCCUAUCUAGGUGGCAUCAUCUACCUGGUCUUCAUUGUCAUCCCACGAAACCCCCAGAGACUGGAGAACUCCAUGGUGGGUGAAGACAACAGGAUAACUGUAUUGUCCAAGGCCAACCCAGGCAUGCCCUCCCCCCUCACUCCUGUCUCUGCAACCUCUGCCACCCCUGCAGGCCUUGCCUUAACCCAGCCUAUCCCACCCUCAAGCGGCUCCAUGCCUAUAGAGCACUUCUAAGUAGAGUUUGUGACCCCAACCCUACCCUAGAAAGAAAGUUGUGUUCUACAGCAGUGCUCUCUGGGACUUCCUGUGUUUGGGCUUCCCUCCUGGAUUCAUCUGGAAGCUUCCUAGUUAGGGAAGGGUUGAGAGAUGUCAAGUCUUUCCAUCGCUGAGAGCUGGGGAGGCUAAUAAGUGACCUGUAGUCUGAGGGCAAGAUGAAAGGCUGCUGGACAAAGAACAGUGGACUUUCAGGCCAGCGGGAGGGAGGGGAUGGUUUGGGGAAGGAUCAAAGCUUGGUGGUAAGGGGACAAUUCUGGGAUCCCUCUGGGAUAUGACUUCGAAUGGUCCUGGGUUCUCCUUUGCUCUGUCCCGGCCAGUUCUUGUAAGACAAGGCCCAAGGAUCAAGAUCAGAAUUUUUCACACUCUUUUUU